CGAUGUCCAACACGAACGAGAUAUACGCCAAGAAUCUCAUGAAGCGCGCAGAUGCGCGCAUGAAACCGUCGUUGAUGCGCUGGAAACCAAAUUACGACGAAGCGAUCGAACUCUAUGAAGACGCCGCGCGCGCGUACCGAGCGUCGAAUAACUUCAAAAUGGCGUGCGAGGCCGAGGAGAAGAGCGCAGACGCGAACGUGCGACUCGAUAAUUACUGGCACGCGGGUAAAGCGCUGGAGAGGGCGACGGAGUUGUUGACGAAGUGUGAACCUUUGGACGGCGGCGCGGUGUUGCAGAUGGCGGAACGAGCGAACGACGCGUACGUCAUGGCGAAUCGCACGCAAGUCGGCGCGGAGUCGCUGAGCCGGGCCGCGAGAUUGUUGGAAACGAGCGAUACGAAGACGUCCGCCGCGCUGUUGAUGCUUUGCGUCGAGAAUUUGCAGGAAGAUGGGAAAGACGUGUACGCCAGCGACCAUCACAAGCAGUUGGGGGCGACGUUGGUGCGAGCAGAGCGGUAUCAAGACGCAGCCGAGGCGUGCGUCAAGUACGGGGCAUCGUGCGCGCGCGCUGGUCAGAUGAAUUCUUUAGCCAAGGCAUAUUUGAGCGCCAUCAUAGCGUUAUUGUACGACGGCGACGGCGUCGGCGCGCAGGCGACGUUUAACGACGUGCACGAGUUGCCCGGGUUCGACAAGAGCGAAGAGCGAGAAACCGCGUAUAGGUUGCUCACCGCGUAUCGCGCGGCGGAUGCGGAUAAAAUCAAGUACGCCAUCGAGGAUAGCUCGUGCGCGCGCUUCUUGGACAUCGUGUUCUCGCGUCUGGCGCGCAAGCUCCCCAAUCCGAAACACGAGCUCGGCGCCGUCGCUACGAAGAUGGGCGCCGACCUCCCCACGGGCGACACCACGGACGAAGACGCCGGAGACGAUUUGACGUAA